AUGUUGGGAAUUUCCCGAUUUGAGUUAAGAUUGCUACAAUUUUUUGAUCAAGAGUGUAUUACCUUACUUUCAUUUGGUGUAAAUAAAGGAAUAGAAAAGGCAUGGAGAUAUGGUGUACCAGGAUUGUUCUUAGAAAGUGAGUUAACAAGACUGGCUAUGUUUUCCUUUGCUGCCAUGACUUUGACCUUGGGUAUAGAUUUGAAUAUGGUGCAAGGAUUGGAUGCAGCUGAAGAUGAACGAUCAUUGGCUCAUAUGUACAAUAUCAACUUGGACGAUCCAAAUAAUAUUUACACUAAAACUACUGAAUAUUUUAUGGACACAAUUGGAAGAACCAAGAAUCUAAUAGCUCUAUCGGAUCUGGAUGACAAUUCUCAAAAUUUUCAAGACCCAAAGGUUGCAAAAGAAUUAACAGUCUCAAGUGUUUUGGUCUUUUCGUAUUUAGCUCUUGAUCCAGAUAGAUUGAUCCCAUUAAUAGAUUUCACAAGAGAAUCAACAGAUUUGGUGCAAGUUGCAAAAGGGAUUAGACAUACCAUAAUGAGAUGUACACCCAUAGUUCAAAAUUCUGAUAUUGGAGGAAUAUUAUUCUUCAAAGCACUCGGCAAAAUAGAUCAACCAGAUUUAAAACUAUGUGAAUACCCAGUGAUAGCUUCAUUGAGAGAUGAACUUUACAGCCUUGAAACAGAUGAAUUAAGUACAGAUAUUAUACAAGAACACAACGUCCUAGAAGAAUCUAUCAAUGGAUUAAUGACAUCGAUCUGGGGGUGUGAAAUAUACAAGUUCCCAGUUCCAUUAUUUCGAUAUUUGAUGAUUAUAUCAGAUGAGUUCAGGGAAUUACUAUACAAAAAACAUAUGUUUGCUAUUAGAAUCCUAUAUAUCUACUCAGCGUUAAAUGCUGUUGCUGGGUUUUAUUUUUACAGAGACAGAAAUGUUUGGAAGGAUUAUAUGAAAUGGUAUAAAAAUUAUGUUGCAAGUACAAAAGAGAAUUCUUGCGCCGAAAUGGAUAGACAAUUAUAUGAUUUGGUAGUAGAAAAGAAUUUUCGGUGGGAGGAUCAUACAAGAUUUCAUGAGUUUGAUCCAGCAAUUGAGCAUCAUAAGUUAUAUAAAUCCGAGUCUCAUUUGGAUGAUAUCUUUUUAGUUUAA